AUGGCGCAAUCCCAGGCAAAGGUUAGGAUCGCCCUGGACUGGACGCCUAACACCAUUCACACGGGCCUGUAUAUCGCCAAGGAGUUCGGCAUUUAUGACAAACAUGGCGUGGACGUUGAAUUGUUGCCACCCGGCAGAGAGUACAGCAAAACCCCUGCCAAGCGCCUCGAUGGUGAGGUAGACCUGGCAAUAUGUCCAAGCGAGUCAUGUAUAGCCUACCAGCACUCCAACAAAAUGCAGCUCUGCGCAGUCUAUGCCAUCCUCCAAAAUGAUGCUUCAGCCAUCGUCUCGACCUCGCUAGAUAACUUUAGCAAGCUAGGCGAAGGCAAGACGUACGGCAGCUACAAUGCUCGUUACGAGGAUGCCAUUGUGAAAGCCAUGGUCAAGCAUGAUGGUGGCGAUGCAGAAGGCGUCAAGAUCUCGCAGCAGCAGGGCAAGUUUAGCUUAUUCGAGGCGAUGCAGAAGGGUGAAGUGGAUGCCACAUGGGUCUUCAUGCCCUGGGAAGGUAUAGAGGCUGAGAUGAAUGGUGUCAAGCUUCAUGCUUUCCGUCCUGGAGACUAUGGUAUUCCGUAUGGCUACUCGCCCGUGAUCGCCUACAACGCUGCCUCUGGAGGACUGGAUAAAGAUGUGCUUCGCAAGUUUGUGGCGGCUACGAGGGAAGGCUAUCAGCAGGCGAUUGGGGACGCGGAUCACGCGGUGCAAGUGAUACAGAAACACUGUGACCCGCAGCAAUCUGUAGAGUUCCUGCGUGAGAGCCAGAAGUCAAUCAACGAAUACUACUCGGAUGGGUCGACUCUUGGUGCUAUGUCAAGGGAGAAGUGGCAAACUUGGAUAGAGUGGUUGGAACGUCAAGGACUAUUAGACGGCGCCAAUGUCGAUAUUGGAAAGCUGUUCAUAGAGAUAUAG